AUAAACUUUGCAUUGAGAAUAGUAAACUUUGCAUUGAGAAUAGAGGUCUGUUUUUGUUAACGAGAAAAAAGUGAAAAGAAUCUGAAAUGUUAAAACUUAAUUAAUUGUAGUAUAUCCACAAUACAUGAAAUAUCGCAGAGGACGAAUUUCUUGGCCUUGUCUUGUGUCAGUGCAUGUGUCCUAGUAUGUAAACUGUAACACUCCAACUGAGGGCUUCAAUGUAGAACAGCUUUAUUUAUGACGGAAGCAACUGACAUUAAGUAUGCCGAUCAAACUGAACGACAGAAAUGUAGAUUCACCCGUCGAGAAUGGAUAAAAUUAUUGCAUGGAAGUAAUGCACGUGAAAACUGGUUUUGUAAGAUUGAUACAAACGUGUAUUCAAAGGAUUUUCUGAAAUGCAGGUGUUAGUGCAAGGGAUUUAUUAAAUAUUACAUGUAUGACUGUAUUUUUUUUAUAAUUAACAGAUUAAUAAUCAUAUCUAGAUCGAUCUAUUGUCGCUAUUAUUUCUGGACAAAGUAAAUGCACCAGAUAUACGAACAUGAGGAGAGGUCCUGCAAAAACAAUAUUACUGCAUUUGCUAUAUAUUUCAAACAUCAGUAUAUUGGUGUUUGGAGCAGAUUUUGUACAGUUGUCAUCAUGUUCUGCAAAAAUUGAUGGAACAAUUAUCAAUUUGGAAAGAAUUAAAAACAGUCUGAAUACGCAAUUUGGUGAAGGACCAGACCAGUGGAACUAUACGUACAACCCGUGCUUUAAAUUCAGUAAACCGGAGCAUGCAAAUGAAGGAUUUGGGGAUAAAUGUUUAGCUGUAGCAUUAUGCAAGUAUGGUCAGCAAGACAGGAGGGAAUACUAUUACACACUUGGUUUUCAUAGCGAUGCUGUAUUUAUAGCUGAAAGAAAUGAUAAUGAGACAACAGUCCUACUGUCUUACAAUGGAUUUAGGUCAAUGAAUGGAAAGAUGACAUAUGUGAGACUAGUUUGUGACAGAGAGAGAAUUCUACCACAAGAUGCCAACUUCACUAUUCUGAAGGAUAUGAAAGGUCUGGGGAAAGUGUAUGGAGAACUUCACCAUGUCAGUUGUUGCCCCGAUGGUUAUCUGCAGGUACAGAAUACAGACCAAGAUGGACAACCGGUGAAGCAGACCCACACAGAAGGACAACUUACAAUUAAUGGAACAGAUAAUCUGUCAAACAGUACUGAUUCUGAGGAUACAGUACUUCCUGGAAACAAAGAUGACAGAGUUGAGACAAACAGAACUAAGGUGAUGAUCAUAGUUGGUGUAAAUGCUGGUGUAAUUCUUAUGGCUGGGUUUAUAGGGCUGAUGUGUUACAACAAGAGAUCACAUACAGAAUUUUAUAGUAAACUUCCAGGUAUUCGAACUAUACCAGACACAACGCUUUGGCAACUAGCUGAUGUUGAACAACCAAGUACUGGCCCAAUCAGUUCUACCGCCCACCCUGGACGAAUGCUUCCAUCAUCGGUGAAGUCAGAAUACAGAGACGGAGCACCAAGCAGAAGGAAGUCUGUCUGCUUUCCUGUUCUAGAGCAUUGUGGGAUACCAGAAGAUUGCCUGUCUUUGGGUCAGAGACUUGGUGGCAGUAUAUUUGGGGACACGUACAUAGCAGAAUGGUCUGGUAUUAGGGUAUCUGUAAAACGUAUAACCCUGAGUGUUCACAAAUACCAGAUCGAUAAGGAAAACAUUGGAGAUCUGAAAAAUCAAGUUUCGUUUCUUAGUCAGCAGAGACACAGGAAUAUUGUCUCUCUUCUUGGGUACUGCUCAGAGUCCACACACCCGUAUAUUAUAUCUGAACAUAUUACUGGUCAAAUAAUGAAAGAUUUCAUCAAGUCGGCAGGAAUACAACUUACAUGGCCACAUAGGGUUAAAAUUUUAUCUCAAGUUGCUGAUGGUAUGGCCUUUCUACACUCAACACAACCUCCUAUCUUACAUAGAGAUCUUCGCUGUGGAAAUUUGUUUAUCACAAAUAAUGAUGUUGUAAAGAUCUGUGACUUUGGCAUAGUGAAUAUUACCCAGCCUCUCCGAUCUGGCUGUCAACUAGAGGACUGUUGCUGCCAGGGACUAUAUAGUGCUUGUCCCCCUUGGAUUGCAUGGACUGCUCCGGAAGUGCUGGAGCAUCCCAAUUCUCAGGAGUCUGAGGGCUACAUCACAAAGGCAGCUGAUGUGUACUCGUACGCUGUUGUCAUGUGGGAACUAGUCAUGUGUGACGAUCCAUACGAGGAUAUGAAUACUGCUCAAGAGGUGAUGGAUUAUGUUAUAUCCGGAGGUCGUCCAGAAAUUCCUGAAGGUACUAAGAUGCUCAGGCCGUACAGUAUGUUAAUGAAGAGAUGUUGGGACAGCAAUAUGAAUGAAAGGCAUAGCUUUAAACAGAUUACAGUUCAGCUGAAAGAGAUUCUCCACCAAGCCAAGAUAUUCCAGAAGGAUUUAAACCAAAGAAGCAAUAGAACGAGAUCAACUUCAAAAACAUUACGAGUUAGUUUCUCAGAAAAUAAUGACAAGACAUAGCUUAAAUCACUAAUGUAUAUAGAGUACACCCAUGCAGUGAUGGAAUUGUCAAGUUUAAAAUCUCAUGUUCAAGGUAUUAAUGCCAGCUAGGGAAGCUGAAGAUUGGGUAAUGAUGGCAUUUUAUGGAGGUAGGAAACUGUGAUGCAGAGACAAAAAAAAGAAGUGAAUACCAGCAGAAUGAUAACAUUAAAGAAGUUUGUUAAAGGGAAACAACUUGCAUAGAAAUCACCAAAUCAUAUGGUUGCCAUUCUACAGAGUAAAGUGACAAAUUUCUACAUCUACAGAUCUAAUUUUAACAAAGAGUGGGUAUUUGGCUAAAGGGGAGUUACCACAAAAUCAUUUAAUAUAUAAUUCUAAGCCUACACUAUAGCAAAUUGUGCUAAAUAACAAAGUAAAGUAAAAUACCAAGCCUUCAUUUACCUAUAAUGUGACUGAAACAAAUGGAAUAA